CCCGAGUCUGCCCAAAGGGUCGAUCGUGGUGUGCGCGGAGCAGGUCGCGAAGUGAGUUCACGCACGCAUGCACACAUUCACGCACGUGUGCAUGAUAGACAAUUUCCUUCUUUCGUCGCGGGAAAGACGAGCGCUAAAAUGUCGGUUACCCUGACUCGAGUAAGUUCAAAUUGCCGCUCGUACAUUCACAUCUGUGUCUGCCGCGUGUAAAACAGAAGAAAGGAGACAUCGCGCAUCCGUAGUGUUGCGCACGGAUGUCAUUCGCGAGAAACAAAUCGCCUUGGUGCCUUUGUGAAAACAAACUUCUAUUCGAGGGAAUGUCGACGCUCUACAUGUUGACAGAGUCGUCUAAGUUCCUCCCUCUUAUCGCGGAGUUACGGAGACUUUUACGUUGAUUGAUAUUUACAAGUGAGGUUCCGCGUCGAGGAGCACGCAUUGAACAAUUUCCGCGCAGUUUGACGCCGCAUGACUUUGUCAUCGCCCGUUCCUCGCUCGCGCAUCGUAUCACGUCGACCGGGUAAAAAUGUGAUUGAUCCUCGUACACGGCCUUAUUUUAUCAUAUUCUCUUUCGCCAGUUGGUUCGGUGUGCGUGCGACAACGAGGACACGACGACGGCCGCCGGCGCACCUUUCUUUCAUUUUAAAUAUAACAGUAUAUAAAUAAGUAUGAGCAAUAGCGGGAGUGCGUGGCGAGACUCUUCGCGUCGCUACCGUUGUUGAUUUUUCUGCCGCAAGCACGCGCGCGCGCGGAUACGCGUUGUUUAUCAAUGCGCUCUCUGCGCUAGACGGAGAUAGUAGGCGUCGGGAAACACUUGAAGGAGUGACAGCGAGAAUUGACAAAUGUGAUAUGUGUUGUCUUUUUUUUUCAUUGAAUGUGCUCAUCGAAAAAUUCUGAUUUUUUUCCUCGCUGACCACGCUGUACUUCUACAGUAUUUUUUUUGUAUGGACAUGUGACGGCCAAGCAUUAUCAAGCAGAUAGAAUAUUACGCCGGCAAGCUAGAAUCGAAGCCUUUGAUGCCGCUACAUCUGGGGAGGGUUCACUGUAUGGCCCUGGAGUGGAUGACUCCAUGUGACCUUAAGACUAGAAGAGACCAGGAUAAAUUUUUUACUUCUGAUAAGGAGCAUUUAUUGUGCUGACAUGUCUGACAAAAAUGUCACUAAGGAAAGCUCAAAAGUCUUAAUUGAGAAGAAUAUAAGUACGUUUGUCUACAAGCAAGCAUUUAAGUUAUUUGUACAGUUUUAAAUGAUGAGGAACAUUUAUUAUCAGGUAUUGAUCGAACAUAAACUGAACGAUUACCAGUAUCUCCAGUAUACAAGAAAUAUACGUGAUGCUGUUACUUUCAAACUACUUGCAGCUGUGCAACAAGCUGCAGCACGACGCUGAAGAUUGUCCCAAAUGUAUUGAUGCCUAUAUAAUGUUACAAGAAUUUUGCAUAUUUGCCGUAGUACUGGCACGUCUGCGCGAGCGAGGAACAGCAGCUGUUCCUAUGAACGCUUCUUGCUCAUUACACGGUGAUGGAAAAGGCAGUAAUUAUAAAACUGGCUCAAAGAGGAUGGCAUAUGAAGUAUUUUUGGGUGGGUCUUGUAAUCCAACUACCUGGAGGACAGACAUAGCAAUACCGACUCUUCAAAGCCUUGGCAUUACUUAUUAUAAUCCUCAAGUGUCACAAUGGGGUCCAGAAUUAAUAGCCCAAGAAUAUGAGGCGAAGCAGACGGCGCGAAUUUUGCUGUUCGUCAUUGACAAUCAAACGCGUAACAGUGCGGGCAUCAUUGAGGCAGCUCAACUGGCAGCUACACGUAGCGAGUCCUUGGUCCUUGUCAUUUACCCAUAUCGUCAGGGACAGACUAUACUUGGGGAGACUGUUUCCACACACGGGUGGUCUAUCGCGGUGCCAAGUCCAUUUAUUAUGUCAAUGAUGGUAUUGGAAACUUUGAAGGUUAAAUUAAGGGAAUAUUAUGAUUUGAUGAACGGGUUGUUAGUGCUCCAGUACCUAAUGGAAAGGCAAAGGAUACCGAUAUUUGAGAGCGUAUCAGUUGCCCUUCACUGUACGUCUAAGAUGUUACGCGAAGAGAUUAAUGUGCAGGAUUGCAUGAAUACCGAGGAUGGCAUCAGACCUGUAAGAAUCUCGCUCACUCAGAAUGGAACGGAUACAGUAAAAUUGCGGGAAAUUUUCAAAUCUAUGGACGUUAAUGAUAGUGGCACAGUAAAGUUAGAAGAAGUUUGGAUGACAUUACAGUCGAGUACAAUGUGCAAUAAUGUGUCUUUUUCGGACCUGCUCAAUACUGUGAAUAAGUCCGAAAUCUACAGGACAUCGAUAGACGGAUUUUCAAAAGAUGAUGACCCGACUGAAUUGCGAAUCAAUUUUGAGCAGUUUUGUGUUCUUGCCAGCGAGUUGUCGUGGACACGGACGAAGAAUAAUGGCGUCUCUUGUGAAAGUGAGAUACCUUCAGUAUGGAAUAUAUUAUGUAGGAAGACUUCAAAUUUCUUGCGCCGAGUUAUCGUACAUCCCUUUAAUCGCUUCCUAGAUUGGACCAAUUCCUUCGUACAAGAAUUUGAACAAAGAGAUAUUUACAUUGGCGUAGUCAAUAAAGAUCUGUUUUGGUUAGAAACAUCCGCAGCACCAUUGAUAGAGUCAAUGAGAUUGUCUUUAUACCGACCAAGCUUGAAUGAAUACAACGUACGAAUAUUGCCACAAGAAUUGCAGAAGAUAAAGAAUUCACGACUGAUCCUGUUAAUAGUACCGCAGCAUUCGCGCGGAAUCGCUAUUAUGGCACUGGCAGCUCACUUGAUUGGAUUACACUCCAAGCUCGUCCUCUGUGUUCAAAUUCUUCCUGAGGGUUCUAUUGUGUCUGAUGAACAACUGACUGAUCAAGCCCGAAAGGAUUACAAUCGGGGAAGAAUGUACCUGUCGGACUACGCAACGCGUGAAGGUGUACCUGUUUUUCAGAAUAUCGCUGAUGCUCUGCAACAUGCGAUACAAUUAGUUCAAAGUCCUUGUUGACUUAAUUAAUUAAGUCAACCUUGCUUUUUACUGUUUUUUUUUCUAUCUUUUUUUCAUACAUAUAAGCUCAUUAGUUCGACAACUAAUUUAUUUUUAUUUUUAACAAUGUCUAACUAUUAUUUUCGAGGUCGACACGAACAUCAUAGGUAUAAUGUUGAUGAUCAUACCGUAUUCAUCAUUAUUAUACCUAUAAAAAGUAAUUAUUAGUUACAUAGCGAUUUAUUGGCUACUUUUGCUAAUAAGAAUUUUCUUAUAAUAUUUCUUAUCAUUAAUUCUAUCUCAUUGACAUUGCUCUCGCGUGUUAUUUACGCACUUUUUGUUAACAAUGCCUUUUUCUUACAUAGUAUUAUUACUAUUGUCAGUUUUAAGUUUUUGACAAAGUUGAAACAAUCAAAACUUUUUAUUUAUAUCAAAAUGUUAUAUUUAUUGUUACUAUUUGUCACAAAAGCAUGGCAUUUCCGAAACAAUUAUUUUUAAUUUGUUAAUUAUCAUUAAUGAUCCUUUUAUUGUUUAUUUUAUUUAAAAAAAUACAUAUUUUAUAUUUGCUAACAAAUCGAGCAGUUAACUAUUUUACUAUUAUUUCAUUGUUUUAUUACUACCUUAUUUUUUUACCUAUCCUUCUUCUCUUUUUGAAUAACAUAAAACUCAUUACUUAUCACAAAUCAAUAGAAAAAAAAGCAGUUUCUCACGGUGGACGUAUAUAACUUUUCCUUUUUUUUAAGUAACUUAACAUUUGCAAGUUUAUGCAACUUUUUGAUUAUGUGGUUGAGGAUUAAUUUAAUAUAUGUGUAUAUAAAACUUAUAAUUGUCUCUUUAAUGAUUUAAUCGAAUUAUUAAUUUUUGAAAUCCAAUUGAGGAAGAAUGUGAGAAAAAGGAUAUAAGUAUAUUUGCUUGUAUUUCGAAUGCGUUCAUAAUACAGGACUUUCCAGUUGUAUUAUAAUGUAAUGUUUCAAAAACAUUAUUUCUCACACACACAUACACACACACACGCACGCACGCACGCGCGCGCACACACACACACACACACACACACACACACACACACAAUAAAGUAAUAUUCGUUACAAAAAAUAUUUCAAACACAUUGUGAAAAUAAAUUGCUGAGAUUUUAUGUAUGAAUAUUUAAUGUAUAAAUUAUUGUGUAUAUAUGCACAUUUCCUGAUCUUUCAUAAGCAAUUUUAUACACGGCUUGUAUUUAAGAUGAUGUCCUUUUAUAAAUAAAAAACUUGGAGAAUUGAAUGAAA